GAAAAUUUGUGACAACCUACAUUGUACAAUAGAGAGCCUAAUUUAACACUGGUGUUACUUAACUCACGCGCUAUGAGCGUAGCUGUUUUUAUCGAUGGCACAGAUGCGAAACAAGUUACUGAGUUAAAAAGAUUUCUUAGGAGUUAUGGGGCCAAAGUGCUUGAUAACUCUGAGUGUACAGAUGCUAACUGGCCAGACGAGCUGAUUAAAUGCCUUAAAUACAUCGACAUCUGUUGGAAAGACGAAACUAUUGCUGAAGCUGAUGUCAAUGAUGUUUUGGCAAGUGUUGCCUCUAUUUUUAUCCAACUUCCACCUGAUAAAUUAAUUGAUGCGGUUCAUCUUUUUUGCGAAAAGUUACGUGAUUUUUCUGGUGAUAACACACGAAGACAUAGGAGCAAACUUUUCCCACUGAACCUUUUGUUUUGUGGACUUAAUCCCAAAAGUCAUCCGCGUUAUGAAAUAUAUCUUACUCUAAUUGAAUGUGCCGAAAAAAUGGGCGUUCUAAAUGAAGUGAUAACUGCACCAAAAAAAGUUGCUUAUUGGCUAAGUGAAUGUGAUUGCACAGUUGAGGAAUGCCAGAAAGUAUGGCAGAAGCUGUAUGAUGCACAUACUUCACUGGGUGAAAGUCGGAAAGCUAUUGAAGCUAUGAUAUAUCUCCUCUCAACUUACAAUGAACUAACUGCUAUGAAUGCCAGGCAAAAUGCGAUAAAAUGCAUCAUAUCUGUGUUGCAAGAUCCAUCUUUAUUAUCUCAUGAUCAAUUGUACGCUCUUAAACCAGUUCAGUAUCUGGAAGGUGAACCUGUUCAUGAUUUUUUCAAGAUAUUUGUCUCUGGAGAUCUGAAUACAUUCAGAAACUUCCUAACUAAACAUCCAAACUUUUUAAGUCAGAAUAAUCUAUCUGAAGAAGCUUGUAUUCACAAACUCCGACUUUUGACGUUAAUGCAGUUGUCUGAGAAUGUGAAUGAACUUAGUUAUCAAGAUGCAGCUGCUCAGUUGAAUCUCAAGAUUGAAGAGCUGGAGCCAUUUAUAAUAGAAGCUGUGCGCCAGAGAGCUGUUGCAUGUAAAUUAGAUCAAGUUCAAAAGAAAAUCCUAAUCACCGGAGCGUUUCCACGUACAUUUGGUCGACCUCAAUGGGUUAACUUGCAUGAUACAUUGGUACAAUGGCGAUCUCAUCUUGGUACUGUACAAUCUAGUUUAAGUAUGAUGAUUCAAAAUGAAUCUUCUUAAAUAAUUAUACCUAACCCAGUAGAAAAAGAGAGCUUUUGUGCCUUGGUUUUUGAUUUUUCUUAUCACUUUCGUUCAUGGGGAUAUUUUUAAUUGGUGUUAUGAAAUCGUAUUUUAUUUAAAAUGAGGUAACCACUGUUAUAUAUGUAAUAACUUUAGUGAUUAUGCUCAUUCGUUCUUCACCAAUGAUGUUUUUAGUUGUUGUAAUGGUAGCGAAUUCUUAUCAUGCAGUUUAAUUAGUUUAAAAAGUAAAAAGACAAUAUAUAAAUGGAAUAAUUUUAAGUUUAUUGCGUUGCUGGAGUGUGUUUUCUAGACAGCGUAUCUACCAGAAACUAGUGGUUUUAUCACAGUGCUCAAUCAUAUUUAGUCUCCAAGUUAUUUGUAUUGUAUGUAAUACAAAUUAUUUUGAUCUUCAUGCGAUUAUAUCAAAAUAGA